ACGUAUGUGACUGAUAUGAAGGCAGAAGAUAUAGAGGGAGAAGAAGAGACGUAUGUGACUGAUAUGAAGGCAGAAGAUAUAGAGGGAGAAGAAGAGAUGUAUGUGACUAAUAUGAAGGCAGAAGAUAUAGAGGGAGAAGAAGAGACGUAUGUGAGGGGUGAUCAGCAGUGUAAGGAGGAGGAAAUCCCUACAGAUAUCAACAGAGCAGAUGGAGGCACAACCAGGAAUUCCUUGGAGGGAGAUCUCUUGUCUGCAGAAAGUAUAAUAGAAGAUAACAUCACACAGGAUUCUCCAGGAGACAUCCCCAUUACUCUAAAUAUACAUCCAGUACCUCCCACUGCUGAUAUAUCAUCUGAUCCCUCUAAUCGCGAUGAUAGUCCUUCUCAUACCUCGGAUUUUGUUACACAUUGUCCAGCUCAUACACGUGAUAAAAUAUUUGCUUGUUCUGAGUGUGUGAAAUGUUUUGCACUCAAAUCACAGCUUGUUAAACAUCAGAGAAGUCACACAGGUGAUAAACCAUUUCCAUGUUCUGAGUGUGGGAAAUGUUUUGUAGCGAAAUCAGAUCUCGUUAGACAUCAGAGAACUCACACAGGUGAGAAACCAUUUCCAUGUUCUGAGUGUGGGAAAUGUUUUGCACUCAAAUCAAACCUUGUUAAACAUCGGAGAAGUCACACAGGUGAGAAACCAUAUGCAUGCUCCGAGUGUGGGAAACGUUUUACACUGAAAUCACAUCUAGUUACACAUCAGAGAAGUCACACAGGUGAGAAACCAUUUUCAUGUUCUGAGUGUGGGAAAUGUUUUAUGUAUAAAUUAGAUCAUGUUAAACAUCUGAGGAGCCACACAGGUGAGAAACCAUUUACAUGCUCUGAGUGUGGGAAAUGUUUUGCAGAGAAUUCAGAUCUCGUUAGACAUCAGAUAAGUCACACAGGUGAGAAACCAUUUCCAUGUUCUGAGUGUGGGAAAUGUUUUGCACUCAAAACAAACCUUGUUAAACAUCAGAGAAGUCACACAGGUGAGAAACCAUAUUCAUGCUCUGAGUGUGGGAAAUGUUUUAUGUAUAAAUCAGAUCAUGGUAAACAUCUGAGAAUUCACACAGGUGAGAAACCAUUGCCAUGCUCUGAUUGUGAGAAAUGGUUUCUUUAUAAAUCACAACUUGUUAGACAUCAGAGAAGUCACACAGGUGAGAAACCAUUUCCAUGCUCUGAGUGUGGGAAAUGUUUUGCACUCAAAUCAAACCUUAUUACACAUCAGAGUAGUCACACAGGUGAGAAACCAUAUGCAUGCUCUGAGUGUGGGAAAUUUUUUAUGUAUAAAUCUCAUCAUGUUAUACAUCUGAGAAGUCACACAGGUGAGAAACCAUUUCCUUGCUCUGAAUGUGAGAAACGUUUUACACAGAAAUCACAACUUGUUAUACAUCAAAGAAAUCACACAGGUGAAAGUCCAUUUCCAUGACCCGAGUGUGGGAAAUGCUUUAUAUGCAAAUCACAUCUUAUUGAGCAUGAGAGAACUCACACUGGUGAGAAACCAUUUCCAUUCUGUAAGUGUGGGAAAUGUUUUACACAGAAAUCACAUCUUAAUGAACAUGAGAGAACUAGCACAGGUGAGAAACGAUUUCCAUGCUCUGUGGCAAGUGUUUUGCAGGCAAAUAGUAUGAGCUGAUAUACAACAGGGUUGUAGCGACACUCAAAAUCACACAGUGACACUAUUACCCAUCCGCAGAUAACUGGAAUGUGUAUCAUUAAUAUAAGACUGGCAAAGAUCACUCAGGUGAAACUUACAGUAUUCCUUUAUUCCAGUAGAUAUCGGCACUUCUCUCCACAGUAAUAACAGACCAUACUGUAGUUUUAUAUAAGCGUCUACAUUUCUG